CCGCGUCGGUCAUCGUUAUCAAACAACAUUAAAGCUCCAGUUCAUCGCUACAACAGGCAUUCGAUACUUGGUGCUCAAGGUGCCAAAGCCCAGUCACCAUGUCCGUGAUUUUGUGCACAGCGGGUUACGAUCACACAAUCAGAUUCUGGGAGGCGCUAUCGGGAAUUUGCUCGCGAACGAUCCAGCACCCAGACUCACAGGUGAACCGCCUAUGCAUCUCUCCCGACAAGAGGUUUCUAGCAGCAGCCGGCCAUCACACAGUCAAGCUUUACGAUAUCAAGUCGACAAAUCCCAAUCCGCUGCUUACAUUUGAGGGACAUACGGGGAACAUCACUGGAGUGGCAUUCCACUGCGAGGGCAAAUGGAUGGUGACGAGCUCUGAAGACGGCACUGUCAAGAUUUGGGAAACGCGGACGGGGUCGAUCCAGAGAAGCUACAAUCAUGGAUGCCCAGCCAACGAUGUGGUCAUUCACCCGAACCAGGGCGAAAUUAUAAGCUGCGACAGAUCGGGCAGCGUAAGGAUCUGGGAUCUGGCCGAGAACACUUGCGCGCACGAGCUCAUCCCCGAAGAAGACGUGUCGGUAUCAAGCGUGACGGUUGCUAGUGACGGAACGCUAUUGUGCGCCGCAAACACGGCAGGCAAUGUGUUUGUGUGGCAUCUCCGCCAAAACUAUGACCAGACGGAGCUGCUCCCAGUAACGCAUUUCAGCGCUCACAAAGAGUACAUUACGCGAAUUCUCCUCUCUCCCGACGUCAAGAAGCUGGCAACGUGCAGCGCAGACCACACGGCCAAGAUCUGGGAGAUCAAGGACGUCAAGCCGCAGGUCAAUGGCAAAUCCGACGAGGCCAGGCCGCUUCCCCUUGAGGCUACCCUCACUGGCCAUCAGCGAUGGGUGUGGGAUUGUGCGUUCAGUGCAGACUCGGCGUAUUUGGUGACGGCAUGCUCAGACCACUAUGCACGACUAUGGGAACUGCACAGCCAGCAAAUCAUACGCCAGUACAAUGGCCAUCACAGAGGAGCCGUCUGCGUGGCGCUCAACGACUAUUCAGAGACACGUUAGAGUCCUACAGAUGAAUCGUCGGCUGGGCCAUCAAACAAUACAGGGAGUGAUGGCACGGCAUGGACCUUGGAACUGAAGAAACAGGGAUGAUUUGGCGCGGCGUUUUGGUAUCGCUUCUGGUUAUGUUAACCUAUAUGUUUUAUUCGGAGAUGAUUAUUGGCACCGUAUGCUGCCCUUGACAUGCUGAUAUGGCAAACCUUGGGGUGCAGGAUUCGUACUUUCUCACUACAAAGUGCAAGAGGCGGCAGUGACUGCUACAGGACUCUGGUGUUUUCUGUCAAAGCAGACUCGGUUGGAAGAUUCUGCCUAGGUCUAUGGUGCAAUGCCUUCUUUUGGCAUAUACAUGUUACCCACCUGGUCUUGAAUGUGGCCGCAUGAAGCUAUAGACUUUUUUAAAAUGAGUUAAUUCUAUGCCAAGCG